CUUUUUUUUGUAUGUAAGCAAGUGCAGUUUUGAGGAUGUGCACCACCAGGUGACGAAUGAGUAUGAUGCAGAUUCAAUACCCAUUUUCAGUAGCCCCAGUCGCUGGCACCUCUCCAACGUCCUAAUUCUACCGUUUGUGUAAUCCACGCGUACCGCUGCUACCUACACAAAUUUCCGUAAUGUGUUGUUUCUAAAGUCCUCAUAAAUUAAGUUCCGUGUAAAUCCGAGUGUGCAGUUCUAAUAAAAUCCCUAUAACUUUACCUAUCUAAUGGCAAUUAAUAAAUUAAUUUCUUGUUAAGUUCACCGUUUUUGCAGUAAAAAGUAUUGCGUUUCUCGUCUUGUCGAUUUAUGUGUAGACUUUUAUAAUCCCCAAGAGCUCGCCAUUAGACAGGCACGUGCCGCCUUUGGCCUUGACGACAGUCGUGCCUAUAGCUAUCUAGUUACGUUUAACGAAGGUACAUUUGUAUGAAAGGUCCUUCGUCCUAUAGCCGCGCAGAAAAUUCCACACGCCCCGGCGUGCCCCUUGCGCACCGCGCAUGUGCAGCUUUGACAGCGCGACCGUGCCAACACGUCCUAAUUUUCCUCGCUUUGCUUUGUAGCAUAUUCAACACGGAAAAUAUCUUAUGUUUUGUUCACGCCACCCGCGAAACGCCGUGCUGGGUGUAUAAAAGCGCAGCGAUGCGCCCAGCAGGGCUCGACUGAGCCACAAUGGUGGCGAAUGUCGGCGUCGUCAAUCCAAUAAAUGUGGAGGCGACGGCGUACAUAAGCGCGGUAGCGGCGUUCGCCGCCGUGGUGCUGGUGGUGCUGCUGUUCCUGGGCCGGCGCUGGUGCUACUCCGCCGUCGCCAGCCGCAAGGCCUGCUGCGAUGAGAUACUCGACGUGAACCCACCACCUGCCGCGCCUUGUCUACCGAUCGACAAUGUUCACUUUGAUGCUUUGUCGAAACCGAUCCAUUACCCCGAACGCGUUUUCGCGUUUGAGACUUCCGACUCAGAUGAGGAACUGCGUAUGCGCAUCCAACAGGGACAGUCUAAGGAAGAAGUCGAGUGCCACUAUGAGGAGAAGAACGAGAACGCCUCCCAGCCGAUCAAGGUGGACGUGGAACUGGUGGAGACAGCCCUGAGGGAGACCAGCAUCCGGGAGACGAAGAUCGACGAGGUGCUGCCGCAGCGAGCUGAGUAUAUCCACACUCUAGAAGCGCAGAGCAGUGUGGAUAGUGAUGUUAUCGCGCAUAAUGACACGUCGCUGCUUUGUGGCGAGAGCAGUAGCUCCCAAGAGCGCGGUUCUGUCGAACUGACGAUCCUGUACGACGCUCCCGUUCGUAGCAUGACCGUGCAUGUAUUACAGGCGCGCUCCUUACCACAGAAAAAUCAGGGACAAAUUCUACAGAGCCAGGUUCGCGUAGUUCUUCUGCCUUUAAAAAAGCAGAAGUUCAAAUCGAAAAUACGAAACGGUGAAAAUCCCCAGUACAUGGAAAGUUUCGUUUUGCACAAAAUUAAUCCAGAGGAUGUAUACGGGUUGGGUCUGCGCAUCCGUGUGUACGGGUGUGAGCGCAUGCGUCGUCAUCGGCUUCUGGGCGAGGCUGCCAUCUCCUUCGCUACGCUCAACCUUGAGCUCGAGAACAGUCUAUGGCUGCAACUGUCACCACGCCAACAUCAUCAGGCUAGUUUGCAUCUUCCCAAACUGGACAUAAAUCAGUCUAUAACAGGCGUCCUGGCGAGUCCAUCUUCUCUAACUACAGCGACGACUCCGUCUGGUGCGGGCGUGGGUGCGGGUGCUGGCGGCGAGGCGUGCAGCCUGGCGCGCUCCGACUCCGCGUCCUCCUGCUGCAGCACCAGGUCUGCGCCGGAGCUGUUGCUGGGCCUGCAGUAUAACUCAACCACGGGUCAUCUGUCCGUUGAGGUGAUAAAGGGCACACAUUUCCGCAAGCUGUCGCCGAACAAGGCGCCGGACACGUAUGUAAAACUGUGCCUCAUCAGUUCACUAGGCAUGGAGAUGGGCCGCUGCAAGUCCACCACCCGCCGCGCACAGUCCAACCCGCUCUACAAGGAACUUUUUAUCUUUCAGGUGGCGCUAUUCCAACUGAGCGAGGUAACGCUGAUGGUCUCGGUGUGGUGGAGACGCAGCGUGAAGCGCAACGAGAUGGUAGGCUGGUUCUCGCUGGGACACAGCUCCUCCGGCCGGGAGGAAGAGCGCCACUGGAAGGAGCUUUGCGAGCGACAGGGCGAACAGGUUCAGCGCUGGCACGUGCUGCUGGACUCCUGACGGUCGCUGACUUAGCGCGGGGACGCGCACGCUUGAGCUUCUGUAUCGCGGACGCCGCGCCGUCCGGCCGCGCCGCGCCACGGCUCGCGACCGGCCCGCCCCGCCGCGGCCCGGCCCGCACGCGCCACGAGCGGCUUGCACUUCCACAUCCACCACUCUCGAGUUGUUUCGGUGCGUCACGCACGACACGGCACUUCGCUUUUGUCCAUGCCGACUUUAUGCGUGUCUUUCACAACUUGAUUUUCAUUCGGUGUGAUGUUUAAUCGUUUCUGCACGGAGUUUUUUGGAGGGCAUGUUUAUGACUGAAUGUAUCGAUGAUAUUAUGUACGGCGAAAGAUAUUUUGAAAAUGUGUAACGCUUUAUUGAUUAAAGGAACGCAUUAGCAAGGAAUUGUAAUGUUCCGAUAAUUUGUAACAAAAUUUUCGUCUUGGGUUGAAAGUGUUCCGUGUAGUUUUACUUGCAAACAAUGGAACACAGAUGUUUUGUAGCAUAUACUCGUACUUGUAUAAUGAUGAUGAAGACUUGGAGCGCACAAUACAUGUGAGAUAGGAUAAUGUUCUAGAGGGAUAUUUAUUAAAUAUUAAUGUACCAACACAUACCGAUAUUAAAUAUUCUAGUAUGUCUGAUAUAUUGUACCUACUUUGUAUUUUUAAGAUUAACAUUUUUGUAUUGUAUUUAUGAAACGGUCGUUUCUAGUCAUUAUCAAAUAUUUAAUAGUUUCCAACGCUUUUCUAUUAAUUAUAAAAAUUUCAUUCUUAUAUAAAUAGAUAUAAGCUGCGACAAACCAAAUUCUUCGGUUAAUCUUCUGGUAAAAAAUAAAUAUGUCUAUUCCAUUAAAGAAUCCAUAACCUUAACUAUUUGACUACUUUUGAAUUCGGUAUACGUGUAUACUUACAUUUUCAUUUCUGAAAUAUUAAAAAACAUAUUUGACACGUUCAUCAAUCCACACCAAAUAAAUACUUACCCAUUUGAAUUUUAUGAAUUUAGUCAAUUUUAGAUGCUUAGUUAAAUUUCAUAUAUAAAAAUAUAUUUUAACUCGAUAUAUUAAAGUUAUUUCUCUCGAGUCUCCACAUAUUCGUAAUAUUAAGUUUCGUUCUUAGAUGUUAUUGCUCAACGUUUUUAAACGCGAUGUGCUUGAAUUACUAUUUUUUUCCUUAGAAACCUCAGUAUAUUUUAUGUCAAAAACGUACUUUUGUAACAAGUGAUUUGUGGUUUGGUAAUUUUAUAGAUAUAGGAGAGCCUUGAACAAUAAUAGUGAAUUUAAUGCAAAUUAACACUGCAUCAGUACAUAUUCUUAAAAGAGAUAGGUUAGUAUAUUAUUUAUGGUCAAUCCGUCUUUGAUCUUUAAAUAUGACACACAUUGGGCCGACAGUCCUAUUUUUUGCCCCUGAAUAGGGUUGCCAUCCGUCCGGAAUUCCCUGGAUUUAUCCUAGUUUGAUGGGCCUCCGGGGGCCGUCCGGCAUAGGUUUUUAAAGUGUUCACUUAGUGGACACUUUUGUUGUCAGGGGAAAUCCAGUUUUUAUAGACAUGAGAUAAAUUUAAAUAAAUCUUAGUAAAAAAAAACUGUAUAAAUGAAUAAAAAUUAUAGCGAUGUUUUUAUUUUCGUUGCAAAAAAUAUUUUUUAGAGGGGACAAACCCAUAUUCCGCUCAAAUGUCCGGGAUUUUUCCCGUGUCUAUCCGGCGUCUGCAAUUUAGAUGAUGGCAGCCCUACCUGAACCCUUUGUUAGCUAUCUAUGCUACUGUUUGUACUUAGAGGGUUCCCAUAGGUAUUUAAGGGGCCUGUGUGUUAUUAAAAGUGAAUGCCUCGUAUACAGCUCGCUAGUUACUAAAGUACGCUUUCUAACUUGACAUUUCUAUUAGCUAUUUGACGUAUGACGCCAUUAAAUCUAGUGCUUUAUAAAUAUUGACCAAUGGUAUAUAUUAUAAUUGUGAAUUUUAUAUGUAUUAUUGGUGUUUCACUUUGUGUAAUAAGUAUAAAAGAAUAUAGUAUAGACGUAUAUACGACUACGUAUCAGACGCAACAAUUUAUAGCUGAUAAAAAUAAUUCUCAUAUUUUUGUUUUAAUUGAAAGAUAUAUUUAUAGUUCUAUAGAGUAAUGUUUAGUCGUAAUUUUCCUUAUACUGUGCGAGGAUACAAAAUUCCUCAUUUUUCUUAUCACUAUUAUCACAAUUAAAAAUAACAAUGAUAUUAUUGUUCUGCUAUGAAAUUAGUACUUAUAAGUAUACAUUAUUCAAAACUGUUAUUAAAUAUUUUAAACAACCAAUCAUAUAAAUAUUGCGUAAAAAUAAAAUUAUUUAUAUUUAUGGGAAAAAAUAGGAUCUAUAUAUGAUUAAAAUGUAUAAUUUUAAUAUAUUUACAAGUACAUAAUUUAUUUACAGAUAUUAAUACUUUAGUGCGUGGAUAUUUCAUUUGUAUUUUUUAAGUAAUUUGUAGGCAACAGAUUACUAUUUACAACCAAAAUGCCAAAUCAUAGGACCUGCUGUAAGUAUCAGCUAUUUAUAAAGCCCAAGUAAAAUGUGAUAGAGCAACUAAGGGGAUAUUUGGUGAAAUACUCAUGAAGAAUAUCAUCAACUAUGCAUAUUAUUUUGUAGAAUAAAUAUAUUUAUACAAAAUGUACAGGUGCGGAUUUAGACUUAUUCUUUUCAAUAAUCAUGAGUUGUUUUUUCUGGCUUUGGAUAUAUUUCUGAUUAUAAGUUGUACUAUUAUAAUGAAUCAAUUUAGAAUUUGAACGCGUUACCGCGACUCUGCGAUAAAAGUAAGAAAAAAUAAAAAAAGCGAAAAAGAAAACUAUUAAAUAAAAAAUAUAUAUCUCAAUGAUACGACUAUACCUCAACUCAACCUUUUUCUCGGGGUACAGAGACUUGUGAGUUGUGUACCACAAGGAAAAUCAUUGACAUUAAAUUUCUCAAUGUCCACGUAAUUAAAAUAAAGGUUUUUAGUAAUAAUAAUAAAUAUUAACUGAUUUUAUUCUUAGGGUUAUCAGUAGAGUUGGGUAGGACAUGACAUGAAAAAGUGUUUGUAAAAGUAGCCUCUUUUUAGCAUUGAGCCGGUACAACGUCCUACUUAAAAUGAGGCGAGACGUAAUGAGGCUCGGCGCUUCAAUGCGUAUCUUACAGUAUUUUGUAAUGUUAACCCUCAAAAUAUUUCCCUCUUGCUCGCGACUCGAAACGCAGUAAUGUAAUGUUCAUUGUAAAAUAACGUCAUAUUGUAAUUUGUAGCAUGCGGUUCUCUACCUCACUGUCCUCGUCCUACAGUUUACCAGAGACGGAGAAUAAGUAACGCGACUGCCGCGACAUAAAAUUUGAAGUAGUACAAUAUAAAGUUUGAGCCACUCUUACAUUUUGACGUCAUGUCCCGGACAAAUGUACCGCCUCUUGUAUGUCCUACUCAACAUUAGUUAUCAGUUAGCACAAAACUCAAGCAAUUGUGGGAGAGUUUCUUCAGAUUUUGUGAGAUAUUUAAAUACAAAAAAAGUAAUAUUUUUUAUUAUUUAUUUUAUUUACACAUUUAUUUCCAUAUCAACACACAGCUAUUACAGGUUACACCCAAGUCUACCGGCGGAAUGAUAUAGUAUAAUAUAUUUGAAUUUGUGCCACUUACACAUGCUCGUAGGCUACAGUUUGAGAAAGUAUAGCUGAACCAACACGUCAUAAUAAUUAAUUUGGUAAAACAUUAUUAUCAGAUACUAUCAUUUAAAAGUACUUUAGAUUUUAUGAAUAUCUCUAAAAUCGUAUCUGAUUUAGUGUGUUUCUAUUCUUAAUGUUUAAAUUCUUAAUGUUAUAAAAAUUGUUUUAAUUAAACACAGCACUAUGUAUGUGACUGACCGAGUGUUUGCACAUUAUUUGAUCUUGUCAUCUAUAUAAUAAAAUAAAUGAAAUUGUUUCCGGAAUAUAAAUGUUCUUAACAUAAAAAAAAACUUUGAAAUUGUUACCAAUAUUAUAAAGUAUGUAAUGAGGAUUUCUCAAUAAAAAUCACUUUAUACAUUUUUCCUAA